AUGCUGGAACGCAGACGUCUUUCUAACGCACUAUUUCAAAUAGCUAAUUUAAAAAGCGAGAUUAGAAUUUCGGCCAUAAAAGAUCUUUAUGGUCUUUUAAAAAACGAUUGCCAAAUUGCGUAUCAGCCAUUUCUGCGGCCAAUUAAUGGCAAAUGCCCCAGAAAGGAAUACAACGUCGAAAUCGACUCCUAUCCCUCUCCAAAAGCUAAUUGCCGGUUAAAAACUGAAAAGGAUCCAUUUAUGAGGGAUUAUGCGGCGCCAAAUCCUUACCAGCCAAAACGUCGUCGAAUUCGUAAAAUUAACACCGAUAUAAUUAAGGAAAACCCUUUUAAAACUUAA